AAAUCGAAUGAACAUAUGUGUUGUAGGGUAUAUAAUUUAUAUACUUACGUAUUUAAAUUACUAAUUUACAUUAUCUCUUUUCAGAUAUAAAGGAGAACGAAAGGAGAAUAGAAGAUUCUAAGAAAUAAUCUAAUAGCACGAUUAUAUACCAACGAUUAAUAAGGCAGUGAUCGGAAAUACGGGAUUAAAUGAAAAACAUGUGUUCGCAAAAAUAAUGUUUUUAUCAUCACGCUGCUCUAAAUUGCUGCCAACUCACAGUCACGACGACAUAGUCUGUCAGCAAUCUGUAUUUACGUCAAAGAUCUUCAAUUGAAGGAAUGCGGAACCCGGCGGAACAAGAAGAGAAAGAGAGAUGACCUCUCUUUUGCCUCGGCGACAGACCAGCUCCAGAUGUUGUAUGCCAAACAAAAUCCAGCGAACGUGUGUCAAGACCGAGGUUGGUACUUUAAGAUAUCCUGCCGACAGGAAAGGACAGGAAACGAGGUCGAGUUCUAACUUGAGUUUGCAGGAAAUGUCCGGACCGACUUAAGCAGCAGCCAGCCGGUCGCUAGCCUCGGCAUUCCGGGUGCAGCUUGCUUCUAGGGUUAAUACCACUGUGGAAUGCAGAAGGACGCUGGACCACUCCACGUAAGGCGGCUAUUUCCCGCGGGGUUAAUCAUCUCAGGUAAUGCCGAGGGAAUCCUGUCCCGGAUUGCUGUUGACCCUGGUGUCGAUAUUCGUCGGCCUGUGCGAGUCCUCCGCCGCCGGCGGCGCGACAUCCGGCGCCCAGCAGCAGCAACCACAGCAGACACCGCCGCAGCCGCAGCAGCAACAGCAGCAACAUCCGGUCUGCAAGCCCGGCCUGGAGUUCUGGUCCGCCGAUCGCGCCUCUUGCUGGCCGUGCACUCGAUGCGCCCCCGAAUUCACUUUGAGCCCGUGCGCGAUACACAAGGACGCGAUCUGCGGCCCGCUGUCGGCCCUCGAACUCGACUGGUCCUUCCUGUCGUCGACGGUCAGGAAGAAACCGGCGUCGGAGGCUGGUAGUCAGCAUCGUCUCGACGAGACCGUCACCUCGAAGGUGUUCUGGCGCUUGCCCGAAGUGCGGCCCACCGAGGAAGCCGGUAAUCUCGUCGACCUCGGUCGGCAGGACGAUGACAAUGAAGAGGAGCCGGUCUCCGCCUCGCAGGAAUCAAAGACGGGAUACGAUCCUCGAGAGAGGAGAAAACUGGUCGCCGAGGACAGCCUGUCGUGGGAUUGGCAGACCGGCGCCCUAGUCCUCGCCGUAUGCGCCUGCAUUGUGUUCUUCCUGGUGGCGGGAUGCUCGGCCCUCGUCUACGCGAGGCAGUGGCGGCGAAUGAAGAGGAACUUUGAACCAGCGGGUCUCGAGGAGAUCUCGGCAAGAUUGAAUCUGAUGGUGAAGGCGGAACUGGCCGAGCUCGUCGCAGGAGCACCGAUGAAUCCAGGUGAUCCCGAGACCAGAUGUCAGUAUCUUGAAAAGCUUUUAGACCGGAAACGGGAGACUCCGGCGGUGACGGCGGCGGCAGCGACGGUUGCGGCGGCUGCCUGGCCGGAGGCAGCCGCCGGCAACUUAUACAUCGAGGAGGGAGGCACGACGACGCCGAGGAGUAAGCGGUCGCAAAUCGCGCGGAUUCAGCGCAACAUCGAGACCAUUCUCAGUCACAAGACAAAUCAGGGCGCCGAUUGAGAUCGUUCCCUUUUCUCAUCGUCCCGAGACCCUCCAGAUUUGCUUUCUGCGCACAUCGCUCUCGGGGCGCGCCAUGUAUCGCAGCGCGAUUAGAGUUACUUUACGUUAAAUGAACAAACAAACUAGAAUUAACACGGUGAUUCUCAACAUAAGAAAGAUACAAAGUUGAUCCAACAUGUUUUCUUAAGCAUUUCUCCAUUCGCUCUCGCAAAGAAAUAAAUUUUUUUUAUUUCAAAAUAUGUGAACAAAAAAUGAUGAUAUUUAUUUAAUAUAAUUCUGAAUUGUGAAUUGUAAUUUAUAAUUGAUUUUAUAGAAAUUAUCUUAUUAAGAAAUAUAGUUUCACGGAAUUGAUUUUCAAUCGUCAAUCGUCCACAAUUUGUCCAUCUUUUUACGAGGAAUGUAGCAUGUGACAAAUCGGAAAGGACGAAACAAAGCAUUAGAUCGAAAUGCGUCUAUUUUAUAACUCGAUAUUAUUAAGUGUAAUGUAUUUAGUAUUUAGUGUAAUUCAUUGCGACAACCAGACAAUCGAAUACUCACACUUUAAGCCAGUUGCAUCAACGUUGCUCGCGAUUUAGUUAGAUUUUUCUAUAAAUAACAAUUAGAAAAGAAUUGUUGAUUGUAAUUAAGCAUUUCUAGAUUUAAAGAUCCUUAUUUAAGGAAAUAAAGUAUAUUAAUUUUUUUUUAUUUAAUUCACAAACCAUUAACUAUAAUUUAAUUUUCAAAAUAAAUUUCUACUUGCUCUCAUUUUAAUUAACCGUGAUUUAUGAGAUAUGUAUUAUUGAUGGUGCAAUAAUUUUGUUUGUACUUCAAGCUAAUUAUCCAAAGAAUAAUGAAUUAUCUAGCAUCGUUGGUGCAACAAAGCCAGGAAUACUUUAGGAGAGUUCAACAACGACGUUCGACGGGUCACAUGACAAAUUUACUCACCGUUGGAUAAGAUCGGAUCAGAUAGAACUUAUUUUUUUAUAAAAAAAAUAUACGAUGUCUCCCGACGUGUCCCGCAGCUCGAGUGCGUCUCGAGCAACGAGCGACACGAUUUGCGUUUGAAGGAUUCUAUUUAUUUCUCUUCCUUUUUUUUUCUUUUCGGUAGUUUAUAACGAACAUUGUAAUAUAAGGCGCUUCUGUAUUCAUACACGCAUGAUAACGCGAAUAAUAAAAUAAGAUUUCAAUAUGUAACUGAGAGAAUGUCUUAUUUCUCAAACCGCUCGAAACUUGCGAGAUAGAUAUUCGACUCUGACAAAAUAUAUGCGAUGUAAAAUAUAAACAAGAUGUUCGAGAUUA